AGUCAAGGGAUUUUUUCCCUCGCUUCAUUUUCUUGUUUCACCCCGCAUUGUAACCCCAGGUGUGGUUCUAUUACCCGCAGCGUGCGUGUCAUCUUCUCCUUUGGAUGUGGAGGGGAAAAGUCGUGGGAUCAGCACACCCUGCUGGUUAUCUGCCACACUGCUAGUGUUACUGUCAAAGAGUUCUCUGCCUUCACUAAUCAGAUCGUAAUUGGGCUGACACUGGCAUUAUUGGAAGUCUCGGGGCAGAGUCCAAGGGGCUCGACAAACCCCGGGUGCCAGGUUAACUUGAUGACAAGAACUAAGACUUCACACGAGAUAGGGAGCACUGGCUUGCUUGCUGUUCCUGGUCUGCCUGAACUUCUGGGAAGACAGCAGGACAGACAUUGCCAUUGAUGCGACGAUUGUGGCGACGUGGGGGUAGUUUUAAUCCAUGACAUACCAGUAACUCGCGUUGCCCUCCAAAGAGGAGCCUACCGGGGUGAUUGGCAGUCAGGCUGUUUGGUUUGACCUGCGGUUAAUGACUAAUAAUGAAGCUGUGUGAAGCCAUGAUGGAUAUGGAAAUGCCAGAUUAUACAGAAACUCUGGACUCCUCGUACACCAUGCUGGAAUUUGACAGUAUUCGAGUAUUACCGAGCAACAACGAAAUCAUUUCUGUUGAAUCGUCCAGUCCUGGUUUGCUGACGAACGGCGUGAGCUCGCUGUGUGCCAUUUGCGGUGAUCGAGCGACUGGCAAACACUACGGAGCCUCCAGCUGCGACGGCUGCAAAGGUUUCUUCCGCAGGAGCGUCCGCAAGAACCACGUGUACACAUGCAGGUUCAGCCGGCAAUGCAUCGUAGACAAAGAUAAGAGAAACCAGUGUCGCUAUUGCCGCCUGCGCAAAUGUUUCCGAGCUGGAAUGAAGAAGGAAGCUGUGCAGAAUGAACGCGACCGGAUCAGCAUGCGCAGAAGCAGCUACGAGGAGAACGGAUCUCUGUCAAUCAGCGUUUUAACCCAGGCCGAAGCCAUGGUACGUCAGUUUUCCCCAGUAAGUCCGCUUCACGGGACAGAUAUUGCAAUGAAGAAAAUCGCCACCAUCAGCGACGUGUGCGAGUCCAUGAAACAACAGCUCCUCCUGUUGGUAGAGUGGGCUAAAUACAUCCCGGCGUUCUGCGAACUUCCUCUGGACGACCAGGUUGCCCUGCUCCGAGCACACGCGGGCGCCCAUCUUCUCUUGGGAGUCGCCAAACGUUCUCUUCCUUACAAGGACUUUCUGUUGCUGGGCAAUGACUUCAUUAUUCCGAUGCACUGCCCAGAGCUUGAAAUAGCCCGCGUUGCCACACGGAUUUUGGAUGAGCUGGUCAAGCCCUUGCGAGAGAUCCAGAUAGAUGAAAGCGAAUACGCCUGCCUGAAAGCGAUUAUCUUCUUCGAUCCCGAUUGCAAAGGACUCAGUGAACAAAUGAAAGUGAAGAACAUGCGCUUCCAGGUGCAGGUGAAUUUGGAGGAUUAUAUCAACGACCGGCAGUACGACUCCAGGGGGAGAUUCAGCGAUAUCCUCCUCCUCCUGCCCCCUCUGCAGAGCAUCACGUGGCAGAUGAUCGAGCAGGUGCAGUUUGCCAAGCUCUUCGGAGUAGCCAGGAUCGACAGUUUGCUGCAGGAGAUGCUGCUGGGAGGAUCCAACCAGGAUGGGGGGCAGUACAUACAUGCAGCUAAUUCCAGUCUAAGCCUUGAAUUAAUCCCAGGGCACACGGUUCAUCCCAUCAACCUCCAUUCUGUCAUACAUACGGUGUCAUCCGCCUCCAACGAAAGCGUUCCUUCGCCUCCUGCCAGCGCUGGCACCGAGGAGUACAAGUUUAUCCCCGGCCCAGAAGCCUCCAUGCCGCUGAUGCCACGCACUGUCAUAGCCAAAAAGGAGAUCUUAUGAAGUGCACCACUCUGGGCAACCACGUUCAGUGCCGCUGAUUACCGCUGCACAUGAGGAUUUUGGAUACAAGCCUCUCUCGUCUCCUCGUCUCCCGUACCCAGAAAACCUUCAGAACUUUAAGUAUAUGGAGACUAUGAGUCGGCGACUAAAUGUCCGUUAACGUCCGCUGAAAACAAAUCCCGUUUAAUCCCGUUUCAUCUUCCUGAGGACCCUUUGUAUAGUUAUGCAGGAUUUGUGUUCUCUCUUGGAGUUAGGUUAUUUUCCUUACUAAUCACAAUAUUAACUGCUUUGUUCAUAAAAUAAAAUGCUAAGAAAAAACUAUUCCA